AUGAAUAGCAAUAGAUUAGCAGACUACAAUGGAGGUGGCCUCAUUCACCUUCAUGGCAUGGCGCCACUCGAGUCCGAUGCUGGCAUUGUUCAAGCAUUGGUAGAAGCAAAACGAUAUCUGUUCUUGGCAGUAGGCCACAAUCAUGGAAAUGAUUACUUCUGCCCAUAUCAUUCUAGUUCUGAAAAUAAUAACAAUAACAGCGCAACAAUAAUGGACGAGACGGCAAGACGAGAGCACUUCAGUAGUGCUUUUCAUUUGUGCUUUGGCCGCCACUCAGGAUAUGGAGGUUAUGGUAAAGGUGCCCGCGUCUUCGAGCUAAAGAACCGAAUUCGCUUUCAUGAUGCUAGAGAAAAAGGAGAACCACACAACGAGGAACGCAACAGCAUACGGUGGAAGUCAUGGGUUCGACUGGAAUCGGGUGAAAUCAUUGACCAAGUUUGA